AUGUGGGGAUCACCACGGUUCACACUUACCAGUCAAGAAGUGGGCAUGUUUAUGGAAACGUAGCCAAUAUUGCAUCCGUACUAGGCUGUUGUAUGAAAAACCAUCAAUAGGUAGGUGCCCAAAGUGUAACACUCGCGCCACUGUUUCCACGCAGACAGUGAAUAAAUUCGACAACAGCUGGAAAUAUGCUGCUCAUCUACUGUAGUAGUAUAGACUAUGCCGAUGCUACAACGGUUAGGUGGUGAGAACUGACAAGUCAAGCCCCUGAAGCAGUUUUGUCUAGAAGGGAUACAGCGCUUGUCAAACUUGACUUUUCGUAGCAGGCUUAGGAGAACUUACGCAGCAGGUUAGGAUAAUUAGGUUAAGGUUUGCUAAAAUGCACAAAAAAAACUACUUUUGACGUCAAUUUGACAAAAGCUGUAUCCCAUCUAGACAGUUGCCUUCACUUCCCUGUCAUGAAGAUGACUAUAGCGCCGUCAGGAGUGGUUACAACUGCGCAGGGCACUUGAGGUGUGCCAUCCGGUUCAUUGUAACAAAAAUCUCUUUUUGAAUUUCCAUUCUGAUGAGUCGCCGGCAGAAGGUGAUGCUGCUGAUUAUUUGUAUCAUUGGCAUUCCCAUUCUCGUGUAAAGCAAUGUCUACCGACGUAGAAUCAAGAUUUGUAGAGGAUAUCUUUUGGGUAGUCUACUUGGCAAGAUAACACGGGCUGUGUGGCUGUCUGUUAAAGCCUUGAGUCGCUUUGGCGCGCCGAAGCAUCGUGGAUCGUAUUAUUGUCAGUUAUUUCACGUAGCGAGGCGAUCACCAAUCAAGACAUACACACAGCUAACGUCAACGAAAAUCAUUUAUAGCGGACUUAAAGACCGUUAGGGUGCGCGCCCACCUGUUGCUGGGAUGAAACCCUCGCCAGGCAAUGGGGUGAGCCUCGAGACGCAUCGAAAGGAUUUGCUGUCCAACGGAGGCUGCGGGAUGUCAGACACCGUGACUGCUGUCCAACCCGAAACUGGUCCCGGAUCCCCAAUGACUGACAAACCGGGAGCGGGAGAAUCUACAGAUGCCAAAGGAAUCCCUAGGCGGAGCAGUAUUAUCAAGGAUGGGUCUCGUGCUGGUCGUGAGAGGAAGAAGACAGUCUCCUUCAGCAGCAGUCUCUCUGAGAGGAAGAUCAGCAGCGCUGCAGACUGCAUCAGCGCUAUGAUGGAGGGUACUGAGUUUCGGAAGGUGCGCUCCAACUCACGAGUCUACCAACGCUACUACCUGCUGGAGUCAGAUCUGCAGGCCCUGCGAUGGGAGCCCUCCAAGAAGGAGUCAGACAAGGCCCGCAUCGCCGUCCCCUCCAUCAGAGAGGUCCGCACCGGCCGCAACACAGAGACCUUUAGGACCAACGGUGUCUAUGACCAGAUCUCUGAGGACUGUGCCUUCUCUAUCAUCUAUGGAGAGACCUAUGAAGCUCUGGACCUGGUGGCUAACUCUGCAGAGGUGGCCAACGUCUGGGUCACUGGCCUGAGGUAUCUGAUUCUGUAUGGGAAGCAUGCCAUAGACAUGAUGGCCAGCAGUGAGGACAGCCUUCGUCUCGCCUGGCUAGCAGAGACAUUUUCCUCUAUGGUUGUCUCAGAUGGACAGGGUGGAGGAGAGGUGGGGAUCAGUUUGCGGUCGGCUGUAGGUCUGAUCAGGAGUGUUAACCCUGGGGUGAGGAGUGAGAAAGUGGAACACCGGUUUAAGGAGCUCCAUCGUGUCAAGGAGAGGAUGAAUGGGGCCGGGACAUCUGGAGUUGGAACUGUGGCUGGAGCUGAAGCAAAGGUUGGGGCUUCAGUUGUAGCUGUGAUUGGCUCAGGAGCUGGCGAUGAGGAUAGGGCUCCAGCUGUGACUGGAGCUGAGGAAAGGGAUGGGGGUGAAUCUGGAGCAAACACAGACACCAGAAGAGGGAUAGAGGGCAGGGUAACCAAGGAGGAGUUCAUUGAGGUCUUUCACGACCUUUGCACUCGACCAGAGAUCUACUUCCUGCUGGUGCAGUUCUCUAGCAACAAGGAGUACCUGGAUACCAAGGAUCUGAUGAGGUUCCUGGAGGUUGAGCAGGGCAUGGCUCAGGUGACUGAAGACACCAGUCUGGAGCUCAUCCAAUCCCACGAGCCGUCGGAGGAGGGACGUCGCCAAGGCUGCCUCUCAUUGGACGGUUUCACCAGAUAUCUCACCUCCCUGGAGUCCCACCUGUUUGACCCGGAACACAGCCAGGUGUGCCAGGACAUGAGCCAGCCCUUAUCCCACUACUACAUCAACUCCUCCCACAACACCUACCUCAUUGAGGACCAGUUCAGGGGGCCCGCUGACAUCACCGGCUACAUCCGGGCUUUAAAGAUGGGCUGCAGGUGUGUGGAGGUGGACGUGUGGGACGGCCCUGACGACGAACCUGUGGUUUAUACCGGUCACACCCUCACCUCGCCUGUCAAGUUCAACUGUGUCCUGGAUGUGAUCGGCCGUUUUGCAUUCGAGGCUUCGGAGUUUCCACUGAUCCUGUGCUUGGAGAACCACUGCUCCCCCUGCCAGCAGAGAGUCAUGCUCCAGCACCUGAGGAAGAUACUGGGGGAGAGGUUGUACACGGAGCCCCUCAGGGAAGGGGAGGGGUACCUGCCCUCGCCUAAUGCCCUGAGGGGCAAGAUCCUGUUGAAGGGGCAGAAGUUGGAGGAGGGACGGGGGGGGGCGGAGGGGGAUGUGACUGACGAAGACGAGGGGGCGGAGAUGUGCCAGAGAAUGAAGGCUGGUAACAGUGGAGAAGGAGAGGGGGGACGGUUCCAGCUAGUAAAGGAGCUCUCUGACUUGGUGACUCUGUGCAAGUCAGUACGUUUCACAGACUUCCAGUUGUCGUUCUCUACCCAGAAACCCUGGGAGCUCUGCUCGUUCAACGAGACCCUGGCUGUGCGCUGCGCCAGCGAGCACCCGGGAGACUUUGUCAACUACAACAAGCGCUUCCUGUCGCGGGUCUACCCCAGCGCCAUGCGCAUCGACUCCAGCAACAUGAACCCACAGGACCUGUGGAAGUGUGGUUGCCAGAUUGUGGCUUUGAACUACCAGACGCCCGGGCUGAUGAUGGACCUUAACAUCGCCUGGUUCCGCCAGAACGGGAAUUGUGGGUACGUGCUGCGACCCGCCAUCAUGCGACAGGAGGUGUCGUAUUUCAGCGCCGAUACGAGAGACUCUGUGCCGGGUGUGUCCCCUCAGCUGCUCCAUGUUAAGGUGAUCAGUGGUCAGAACCUCCCCCGUCCGAGGGGUUCUGGAGCUAAAGGAGAUGUGGUGGACCCGUACGUCUACGUGGAGAUCCACGGUAUCCCUGCUGACUGUGCCGAGCGCCGCACCCGCACGGUGGUGCAGAACGGAGACAACCCCAUCUUCGACGAGAGCUUUGAGUUCCAGAUCAACCUGCCCGAGCUGGCCAUGGUGCGCUUCGUGGUGCUGGAUGAUGAAUUCAUAGGGGACGAGUUCAUAGGUCAGUACACCAUUCCCCUGGAGUGCCUACAGCCAGGCUACCGGCAUAUACCAUUACAGUCACUGAUGGGGGAGGACCUCCCGUACGCCAUGCUGUUCGUCCAUGUGGCCCUCACCAACCGGAGAGGAGGGGGAAAGCCCUACAAGCGGGGGCUGUCUAUGCGGAAGGCGAGGCGAGGGAGGGACUACGCUGCACUCCGGGACCUGGGGAUCAAAGAAGUGGACGAGGUUUUCAAAAUGGCCGGCCCGCAACUGAAGGAGGCCACGGACCUGCGGGAGAACAUGCAGAACUCGGUGGCAGUGUUCAGGGAGCUGUGUGGGGUGUCAGCGGUGGCUAACCUCAUGCAGUGUGUAUUGGCCCUGGGAUCCCGUGUGGUGGGGGCCGAUGGGGACCCCCUGAUGCUGUUUGAGCUGAGGGAGCAGUACCCCUCCAUGGAGCCCCAAGGGCCCCUGCCAGACGUCCUACGCAGGGUGGUCUCCACCUACGAAACGAUGAUCCAGGCGAGCAGAGCAGUGAUGGAGCUGUCAGGCGGAGUCUACGACAGGAUCCUACAAAUACAGACAACAGCCAUGAAGUUCCAUGAGACGUUGCAUUCCAUUGCAGUGAAGGAGGGGCUUAACGAUCGUAAGGUCACCAGAGCUGUGGAGAGUUUCAGCUGGAACAUCACCAUACUGAAGGGGCAGGCAGACCUUCUGAAACGGGCUAUGACAGAGGUGCAGGAGAACAUGAAGCAGGUACACUAUGCUGCCCUGACCUCUAACCUUAGUAAGGGUGUGACAGGAGAGGCGACCCGCCCCCGACGCAGCCUGGACACCAUCCAGGAGAGAGCUACAGCUCCGGCUAGAGGUUCCCCUUAGGUACAGGUCUAGGACCAGCUUACCCGCCUCAAAUUAUAUAUUAAAUCAAAAGGGGGGAAACGUAAAAACCUGACCUUAGAUCAGUUUCUAAGGGCACCGUCAUCCUUCUGAGGAUCGGCAGGUUGGCCAGAACUGACAACCAAGUUGCUACGCACACUCGAAAGUGAAUGGCUCCUUCAUCUAACCGGGUUAGGGCCUGUUGGAGUCUAGUUGGCUAUUCUCUCCACACAACGAUGAACAGAAGAUGGACUAAAACAAUUCAAGAAAAAUAUUCCUGUUAUACCACUGUCAGGAGGGAGGAGAACGUCGGAGACAGGAAAGAAGUCAGAGACAAUCAGAAUGGCCUGUCCCUGAAUGUAGCUGGAAAUAUGUUUUUAAUCCUCCUCUGUGAAGUGUUUGUUAUUUCUGGAGCUGGAUUCAAUCUGUAUCGCAGAACAUCCGUUUUAAAAUGUUUUGAGCCGACAUACAGUAUGAAGCGACCACAGGAAUAUUGACUUUAAUUGUCAAAUCGCGCUAUAAAGCGUCUCUUCAGCACUAUGGAUUGAAUGGAGUCCUUGUUUUUUGUUGGGGGAAGUGGAGGGCUUUCAGGGCGAUAAACUACAGAACAAAGUGAAACUGAAUGAGACAGAAGUGAUAACAUGCGUGUGGGAGGAGGCUGAUUCAGAAUGUGUGUGAAAGUGUGACUGCUACCAAUAUAAUAUGCUAGUUAGCAGACAAUUUUAUACAAAGCGACUUACAGUAGUGCGUGCUACAAUCCUGAAGUUGCAAACACCAACUGAGCCACUUCAGCUUCUCCAGGUGCAGUGGAACAAAAGAAUGUAGAUGUGUACACAGAAUUAGAAUGAGUAGAAUGGGAAUCCCCAUUCAUGUCAAUUACACCGUAACGGAUGUGUCAGCCUUUAGUGUCUGUCUGCAGGAUUUCACUCCCUUGUACUUGACAGAUGCAUUAAGGCUGCUGAUUAGUAAGGAACUCCCCUCACCUAUGGAUGUGUAUAUUGUUGGGAUAGGGUUAAUGAUCGAACUCAACCAGAAUGUUAAUGCCUCAACUGUAUGAUCAAAAACAACAGUAUUUCAAAUACUCCUUCCAUAGCACCUUGACCAAUGCUUUUCUAGGUGGUUGUGUCACACAUUACAGUAUUAUCCUCAUUCUGUAAAACGUUACUGGAUUUUUACAAAAUGGUGACUUCAGAUAAUAAAAAAUAAAAAAACAUUCCUGAUA